GUGUUUGUGAGCCACUGGUGGGGGGAAGAGUUCGUCUGCUUCGUGAGAGCUCUUCGCCUCUUCGCUAACACCUACAGGUCAGAAACGUCCCGAGAGGUUCAUGAUGAUGUCAAUGACACCUGGGAGGUGGUUUCUGAGCCCACAGACGAGGUGGCCUUCUGGGUCUGUUCCUUUGCCAAUCGCCAGUGGGAGGUGAACUUGGGAAGUACUCUGCAAGAGAGUCCAUUCGAGCGAGCGCUCGCGGCCCCAUCUUGCACACACGUGGUAAUGAUCAUGGAGCCCUUUGCCACACCACUCCAGCGCAUCUGGUGCCUCUACGAAGUGCUCCGUGCACACGCAUUGAAGAAGGAUUUCCACAUCGCUACCGAAAAUGGUGUCCUCACCGUCGGCCGCGAUGAGCCUUUCGGCGAGCAACGUGAGGAUCUCCUUCGGCUAACCAAGAGGGUCUUGGAGAUUGACCCAAACACUGCGAAGGCUAGCCAGGAACAGGACCGUCGCAUGAUCAUGGAGGAAGUCGACAAGGCCGUUGGCUUGGAGCAGUUCGGUGUGCACGUAACAUCAUUGCUGGCAGAAGCUUUCCGAAGGCGCGGCGGGAAUCAGCUCGUUAUGGAUGCCCCGGAGCUGCCCAUGCGCCUCUAUCGCCUCCACCGACUCGGUAAGAUGUUUGUCACCUUCGAGGGCCGGACCCUUCUUCACAGCGUAGCUCAAAGGAAGGAGCCCGGUGAGGUUCGACUAGCCCUUGCAGCUGCCUCGGAAGGGGAGCUCGAGAGCUGCAACUCCUUGGGCCAAACGCCUCUCCACAUGGCCGCUGCAUACAACCGGCACCUCAACGUUCUUGAUCUCCUCAUCGCCGCAGAGAUGGAUGUCAACGCACGCGAUCAGAAUGGCCUCACACCCUGGAUGCUCUCCGCUGCCACAGGUCAUCACGAGGCUCUCUCUCACUUGCUCGUGAGGGGUGCGGACCUUUCGUACGAAGUGGAUCUCUGGCAAAGCGAGGACAUCAAAUGGGUCGACAAAGCUAUACCGAACGGACUUCACCUGGCAGCAUUCAGUGGUAGCUUGGAGUGCUGCCAAAUCUUCCUACGCUACCACAGAAAGGUCCACAGCACCAUGCUGACUGCAGCCAGCAUCAAUGGACAUGCCGAAGUAUUGCAGACCAUCCUCCCUCAUGCAGAUGAUGUCAAUGGCAUCUGCGAAGGCGGUCCCUUUCCCAUUGCGCUCCAUUCUGCAAGCUUCUGCGGCCAAUUGAGCUGUGUGGAACUCCUUCUAUCCCACCGGGCCUUGCCAAACCUUACCUGCAAUGGGGGGAAAACUGCAUUCUUCAGUUCCAUGGCGACUGGAAACGAAGGUGUGGGCCGGCUCCUGCUUCGUUACCGCGCAGAUCCUUGGAUAAGGACGGCGGCUGAUGACAGCGUCCUGGGUGUGGCGAGUGGUGGAGGGCACAACGGCUGUGUGCAGAUGCUGCUGUCUCUGCGAGCAGACCCGCAUGAAACCAACGGCGAAGACAACGCCACGGCGCUUCACUAUGCGGCACAGUGGGGGCGCGAGCAGACUGUGAGGCUCUUAGUCAAGAGUCGCGCAGAUCCGAAGGUGCAGGACGAGUGGGUGCAGUGUUUGGGUUUUAGGGCGGGAUGA